UAAAAGAGCUGGUGGGGCGAGUCUGGGAAGGACCCUCGGGGAGACCCACAGACACAGAAGCGGGAGAAAGGGUGGGAGCGAGACAGAGACAAGGGCCCGGAGGUGAAGCCAGUGUCUGGGGGCUCAGAGAGGGGCCAGAGACUCUGGGGGAGGCAGAGGCAGGGGAAGACAAAGACCCAGGACAGAAGGAUUUGCAGGAGCUUGGCCACUAGGCACCUCUCCCAAGCCAAGGGGCAAGUUUUCUCCAUCUCUCUAAGGGUCCCCAGCCUUCUGCCCCUGCCCUGGUCCAAGCCCAGGUUGCAGAGGGGCACUUUCCACAAACCCAGGGUGUGAAGGGUGAAGGACUCAGUCCCUGCCAGCUGCAGUACCGUGUGCCAUGUGCCAGACAGACCCGAAUCCCGGGAGGGGCUGGGCUGGCUGCUGGCUGUGGGGAGCCCGACCCAGUCCUCCGCUCCUGUUCCCAUGGCUGCUGCUGACCUCCCUCCUGCCCUCCGCCUGGCCGGCCAGCCUGCUCCCCUGGGAAGAAGAAGUCGUGUUUCCAGAGCAGCUCAACGGCAGCGUCCCGCCUGGUCCCGGCGUCCCUGCCAGGCUGUGGUACCGCCUGCCGGCCUUUGGGGAGACACUACUGCUAGAGCUGGAGCAAGACCCGGGCGUGCAGGUCGAGGGGCUGACAGUGCAAUACCUGGGCCAGGCGCCCGAGCUGCUGGGCGGGGCGGAGCCAGGCACCUACCUCACCGGCACCGUCAACAGAGAUCCGGAGUCGGUGGCAUCUUUGCACUGGGACGGGGGAGCCCUGUUAGGCGUGCUGCAGUAUCGGGGCACCGAACUCCACCUCCAGCCCCUGGAGGGGGGCACCCCUAACUCCGCCGGGGGACCUGGGGCUCACAUCCUACGCCGGAAGAGUCCUGCCAGCGGCCAGGGCCCCAUGUGCAAUGUCAAGGCCCCUCCUGAGAACCCCAGGCCCACCCCCCGAAGAGCCAAGCGCUUUGCCUCCCUGAGUCGAUUCGUGGAGACCCUGGUGGUGGCGGAUGACAAGAUGGCAGCAUUCCACGGCGCAGGGCUGAAGCGCUACCUGCUCACGGUCAUGGCGGUGGCGGCCAAGGCCUUCAGGCACCCGAGCAUCCGCAACCCCGUCAGCUUGGUGGUGACCCGGCUGGUGAUCCUGGGGCCUGGCCAGGAAGGGCCGCAGGUGGGGCCCAAUGCCGCCCAGACCCUGCACAGCUUCUGUGCCUGGCAGCGCGGCCUCAACCCCGCUGAGGACUCCGACCCCGCCCACUUCGACACAGCCAUUCUGUUCACCCGCCAGGACCUGUGUGGGGUCUCCACCUGUGACACCCUGGGCAUGGCCGACGUGGGCACCGUGUGUGACCCGGCUCGGAGCUGCGCCGUCGUGGAGGAUGAUGGGCUGCAGUCGGCCUUCACUGCUGCCCAUGAGCUGGGCCACGUCUUCAACAUGCUCCACGACAACUCAAAGCCCUGUGUCGGCGAGAAUGGGCCCGGGAGCACCUCUCGCCACGUCAUGGCUCCGGUGAUGGCCCACGUGGACCCCGAGGAGCCCUGGUCCCCCUGCAGUGCCCGCUUCAUCACGGACUUCCUGGACAAUGGCCACGGCCACUGUCUCUUAGACAAGCCAGAGGCUCCCAUGCACCUGCCUGCGACUUUCCCUGGCAAAGACUAUGACGCUGACCGCCAGUGCCAGCUGACCUUCGGGCCUGACUCCCACCACUGUCCGCAGCUGCCACCGCCCUGUGCUGCCCUCUGGUGCUCUGGCCAUCUCAACGGCCAUGCCAUGUGCCAGACCAAGCACUCACCAUGGGCGGACGGUACCCCAUGUGGGCCCUCACAGGCCUGCAUGGGUGGCCGCUGCCUCCACCUGGACCAGCUCCGGGACUUCCAGGUCCCACAGGCUGGUGGCUGGGGCCCCUGGGGCCCCUGGGGCGACUGCUCUCGAAGCUGCGGGGGCGGCGUCCAGUUCUCCUCCCGUGACUGCACGCGGCCCGUCCCCCGGAACGGCGGCAAGUACUGCGAGGGUCGCCGCACCCGCUUUCGCUCCUGCAGCACCCAGGACUGCCCAGCGGGCUCAGCUCUGACCUUCCGCGAAGAGCAGUGUGCUGCCUACAACCACCGCACCGACCUCUUCAAGGGCUUCCCGGGGCCCAUGGACUGGGUCCCUCGCUACACGGGGGUGGCGCCCCGGGACCAGUGCAAACUCACCUGCCAGGCCCGGGCUUUGGGUUACUACUACGUGCUGGAGCCACGGGUAGCAGAUGGGACCCCCUGUUCCCCAGGCAGCUCUUCAGUCUGUGUGCAGGGCCGCUGCAUCCAUGCUGGCUGUGACCGCGUCAUCGGUUCCAAGAAGAAGUUCGACAAAUGCAUGGUGUGUGGUGGGGACGGUUCUGGAUGCAGCAAGCAGUCUGGCUCCUUCAGAAAGUUCAGACGUGGCACUGCCCGGGGCCGUCAGCCUGCGCUACAGCGGGGCCAAGGCGGCCUCCGAGACACUGGCUGGCUAUGGGCCGCUUGCCCAGCCCUUGACACUGCAGGUCCUGGUGGCUGGCGACCCCCAGGACACACGGGUCCGGUACAGCUUCUUCGUGCCCCGGCCGCCAACCUCCCUGCCACCACGCCCAGCUCCCCAGGACUGGCUGCACCGCAAGGCACAGAUCCUGGAGGUCCUCCGGCGGCGCCCCUGGGCGGGCAGGAAAUAGCCUCACCAUCCCGGCUGCCCUUUCUGGGCACCGGGGCCUGGACUCAGCUGGGAGAACGGGGCUUCACGGGGCCCCACGCUGGACAUGUGGGGAGGGGUGAGCCCCACAGCAAGGACGCGCAGGCUGGCCCUGCCCCUGCCCGGUGGUCCUGCCCUGGCGGCGGGACGGUGGAUGGAAGGGGCUGGGAGGCAGCCUCCUGUCGGAACUGGCCCCUCGGCCCUGCUGGUCACAGGAGGGAGGGGAAAGCAGGGUGGCCUGUUGUAUUUAUUUAGUAUUUAUUCAGUUUUAUUUAGCCCCGAGGAAGGAAUCCUGGGGAAGCUGACCCUUACCCCUCGUGACCCUCACUCUGGCCAGGAACUCAGGGUGCAGGUGACGACCUUGAGUGACCUGUGUGUGUCCGUGUGCGAAGGAGUGUGUGUGUGCUGGUGUGUGUGCUGGUGUGUGUGCUUGUGUGUGAAGCGUGUCCCGCCCACUCUCCUCUCGCAGAGAUGUACCUCCUGGGAAAGGAGAUUCAAGGGUGCAGCAGGUCUUCACAGAGUAAGGGAUUAUCGCAUUUUUAAAUAUAAAUUGAGCUCUACUAUGUAUGUGCCCCUUUCGGAGGGAGAUGCGGCUGCAUCCUGGCUCCGAGUCAGUCUCCUCGACCUUCAGUAAGGACACCGCCCUUGGAGGUGUGUUGGGCAUUAAAGUGAUGUAUAACACGCAGCAACCGGGCACCCCCUCUCGGUCCCUGCCGUGUCGGUGGGGGUUGCUGGAAGGCAGCAGAGAGCCAUGUCAGCAAAGCCUGCCCUGACUCCUGGCUCUACUCCUCUGGUUGGCGGAGCCCUCGAUUCCGAGUGACUGAGAGAGAAAGAAUGACUCUGUCCCUGACCCAGAGGUCCCCAGUCACGUGAGACAAAACAAACACUCAACUCCUAGUGCACCGGACGAGGACACGAAGGUGCAAGAUCACAAGAACCAUGUACUUGGACGCAAACAAGUGCUUAGGAAUGAGCGUGACUUGGGGGUCUGGGGGAAAUGCUGGGGUAGAGCAUGCUUUGGAGCUGGGUGGGGGCGGGGCUCUGACUUGCGGUUCAUCGCAGCAGCCAGUGGCGCUGGGUAACUCGCUGAUGCCGAGCCUUGGGCUUGCUCAGAUGUACAAGGGGGCUAACAAUACCAGUUCCCAGAGGGUGUUCCUGGAAACAGACAUUACAGUAUUUUCAAAAGAGUGAAGACUGUCCCCAUGUGAGUGGUUAUCUCUGUGAAUCCUGAGUGACAGCAUCCCCGAUGGACCAGUGUAAGCCCUGCCUUUGAUAUAAACUCAGAAUGCACGCAGUGUGGUUUGGUGUAGGACAGUCAGGGGGGCGAGAAGGAGCUGAGAGGGGAGCUGGGCGGCCAGCAGGGGUAGACCCUUACUCGAAGGGCAGUAAGCUACAAGGGACAUUUCUACUUCUGAGCAUGUGACUUCUGUAAAGAGCUUGAACCCUGGCUGGCGGCUCCAUUGGUUGGAGCAUCGUCCUGUAGACCGUAGGGUUGCAGGGUCGAUCCCCAGAUCAAUGUUUCCCUCUGUCUCUUUCCCCCUUCCUCUCUCUCUAAAAUCAAUAAAUAUCUCCUGGGGUGAGGGUUUUCCUAUUUUUAAAGAAAAACUUGAGCAGUCCUGUGUGUGUCAUGAAGGGAGCAGGCUGGGAAAGGGUGGCAGGUGAACCCUGCAGGAAUU